ACAGCUCUACAUCUGAUAAUACUUCAAAACGUCAACAAAACAAAAUUGCAAAGAAUGGAAAAUGAACUCAAAGUUUAUCAAAAAUAUGGUGUCAUAACUUAUGAAUGUUAUACAUGUUAAAUGUAAAAAAUAAAUAGCAUUCAUGAAAAUAAACUAAAAUGAGUUGGUUUGAUGCAGCAGGUCUAGCAAAUAUUGCCAAAUCAGCUUUGAAAGAAGCACAACGUACCAUUGACAAAGCUCUAGAUAUUAAAGAUGAUGGUUUGAAUGAUAAUAAUAUACCACUCGACAUUAAUAAUGAUGAUAUCAUUGGAACUUGGGCUGUGUCCCAACCUACUAAAACAGAAAUAAAGAAAGAAAAUGCAGAUAUUCAAAAUAGUAUAUGGGGAUCUUUCACUGGAUCAUUUUUUGAUCAUGCUAAAGAAUACAACAAGAGUGUAUCUCUUGAUGGAUUGGAUGAUUCAACUGACAUAAAUUCACAACAUUUUAGUCAGAGUAAACUUGUUGUGGAUAGUAUGAAUGAGUUUGACAAUAAUGAAAUAGGCAAGAACGAAGAAUUUUCAGUAAGAGCUGAUCAGUCUAGUUCUAUGAAUAAAGAAAUACCUAAUGAAUUUGUUAUUGAAGAACGUGAGGGGGUAACUCCAACAGCUAAUAACAUAUCUGAUGGAGCUCCAAAAGGAGGGUCAGAAAUCAAAGAUGCUGCUGAAUCAAUUGAAAAUGGCGAAGAACCUAACUCGCAAGAAAAUUAUUCAGUUCAUAAUAUUGUAUCCAAGGAUUAUGUAGAAAUCAAUAAGAAGAAUGAAAUUACAGGAGAAAUAAUAUGUAUUGAGCCAGAUAUUGGGUAUAAAGAAUUUAAUGAUGAAAAGGAAACUGAUGAAAUGCAAAUCAAAAACGAUGAAAUUUUAUCUUUUGCCUGUCCCCCAGAAAAUAUUCCCCUACCUGAAGCUAUUACUGUACCUCCUGGCAGAAAACCAAAUCAGCUUCUUAUCACCGAUACUAUACUUAUUAGCACCCAACCUCAAAGUUCUCAGCAAGAAAUUCCGGAAAUAUUGAGAAACACAAAUGUAAUAGAUAUACCUGUGGAAGAUGACUCCUUUCAGAGCAGUUCCGAAAAUACUUUGGAUCUAUCAACUGAUGAAGGUUCACAUUCAGAUGUAACAGUUAAAGCAUCAGAGAACAAUGAAGAUUGUGAUAGUGAAAAUGACACAUUUUUCGUAGACUCUAAAAUAUCUGAUUCAACUUCUGAUAAGAACUCUGUUUCUGGAAAUGGAUUUGUACAAAGUGACUCCAAUUCCCUCACCUAUGAUGGCAUCUCCUCUGAAAAUCUUUCCAUAAUACAGUUGGAAAUGCCUCCCAGAGAUUAUUCACCAUUUAGUUCUGAUAAAUCGGACCUAGUGAAAAUAGGUUCUGAUCAUACCUCUGGUCAUACUUCUGGAGAUGAGCUUGAAACAACUACAUCAUCUGAUAUAGAAAUCAUUUCCAGUCCUAAUGGGGAUUCAAGCAGCACACAGAGCCACCAUAGCCCGCUCAAUAAAUUAGAAACGAAAAUAGUUAAAGAAGGUUCAGAAGUUGUUAUAGAAGGUGAAGUGAAUAAGAAAAAAAUUAAAAGCCACAAUAGAGAAUUGUCAGAAGCUUCUAGCAUCAGUGAUGAUCCACAUUCCCUAGACGUAGAUAAAUUGCUUAAGAAGAUUACAGAAAUGACAGAAAUUUUGGAAUCAAGAGAAAUAAAGAUAGUUGAAAUUAAUCGAAAGAAUCUGGAGUUACAAGAGGUGAAUAUGGAACUAAAAACGCAUUUGAAUUCUGCUGUUUCUAAACAAUUAGAAUGCCAAGAUUUGACACAAGUAACUGAAGAGUACGCUCAAAGAAUGUCUGUGUUAGAAAAAAAAUUUCAGCAAGCAAUACGAGAAAAAGAUAGUUUGAGAAAAGAACUUGAACAAGCCAAACAAGAAUCAUCAAUGAGAUUAAGUAAAGGUGAUUUUGAAAUGAUAGUAAAUGAGAAAGACGAAAUGAUAAAACAACUAAGAGAAGAAGGAGAAAAGUUAUCUAAACAACAGUUACAUCAUUCGAAUAUAAUAAAAAAACUAAGGAUGAAAGAGAAAGAAAAUGAGACCACAAUCAAACAACUCAAAGAAAGGGUGGAAGAUUUCACAUCUGAAACGGACAGAUUGAAACGAACAGUGAAUGCGAAGGAAGAAGUUGAGAGAACACAAAUUGAAGCAGUCAAUAAUUUAACAUCGAAAAACAAGAAAUUAGAAAAUGAAUUGGCAAAAGUGCAAAGUGAACUGGAUGAUCAGGUUCAAAAAUAUGAAACAUUGAAAAAGUCUUUGGAGGUGGCAAGAAAGGAAUUGAAUGACAAAAAUCGAAUAACCAAUCAAUUAUCAGCAAAGGAACAGAUGUUAGAAGUUCUUGAAAAUGAAAAAAAAGUGGCUGAAUCACAGAGUCAGGAUGUUAUAAAUCAGCUGCAAUAUUUGAGGAUGAAAUUGCAUGAAUGUGAAAGUCAAUAUUUAGAAAAAGAACAACAGUUCCGAAUGGAAAAUAACGAAUUACUUAUUAGACUUGAGAAUGCAGAAAGCCGAAAUGAAGAAUUAUCUCAAUCAGUGUUAGAAGUGAGUAAACCUUUACUUAGACAAAUAGAAGCUUUACAAGCAAAUCAAACAGUGAAAUUAGCAGCUUUUGAAAAAACUGAGUUGGAAUUCACCUCAAAAAUAAAUGAACUUCAAUUCCGUCUAUCUUCAGCUUCAAACAAUGAAAAAAGUUCAAAAGAAGAAUGUUUGAAGCUGAAUUCGAAGUUGUCCAGCUUGGAAGGAGAAUUCAGUGGUAUUAAACAUGAAAAAGAACUCUUGGAAAUUCAAUUCAAUCAACUGAAAACUGAAAAAAUGAUAUUAGAGCAAAAAUUGAAAAGUAAAAUUGACAAUUUGAAAUCUGAAGUAAAAAUUAGAAACGAUAAGAUUGAGUCACUAAACAAAGAAAUCGCAAUAUUAAAAACUUCUAACAAGAAAUCUGUUGAAGAUGUAGAUCAUAAAGAUUCAUCUCAACUAUCGAAUACAAAGCAGGAUAUUGAUUAUAACAUGGAUGAUACUAAUUCUAAUCCAAGAAGUAAUUCUCCAACAUUGAGUGUUGGAAAAGCUUCAGUAGCAGAUUCCAUGGUUAGUUCAGUAUGGUCCCAACUUGAAUCAUUCGAUAUGGGUCAUGUUCCUCGUUUUUCCAAUAUGUUUGAAAUGCAAAUGCUACAAACCAAUCUUCAGCAAAAGGAAGGAGAGCUGCAACAGCUUCAAUGGGAAAUGAACAGAAGGGAACAAGAAAGGAAUUUGAUGAAUGCUGAUCUUAUGUCUUUGACAAGCAAGGUGGACGAUUUAACAAAAGAUUUAGUAGAAUAUGAAUCUUUGAAAGCUAAAUUUGAGGAGCUUCAAGAGCAGUACGAUCUACUAUGUCAGAUGUAUGGUGAAAAAGUGGAUGAAGUUGAGGAAUUAAAAUUGGAUCUUUUAGAAGCUAAAGAAGCUUAUAAGAGUCAGCUAGAUGAGCUGCUUAAAGUAAAUAGCUCAUAGCUUUAAUUUUUCUCUGAUAAUUGUGAUAGCUUAAUAGCAUAGUGGUUAUGUAUAAUAUACAAUGUUAUAUAUUUGGACUGAUUAUGGUAUACAUUGUGAGAGUUCAUAUAAGUAUUUAAUUUCAGUUGUUUCAAACAAUAUAUUAUAUAUUUUGUGUUCUA